CUAUCUGGAACCCCGAAAGUCUGUUAUCCGGCCAAUGUAACUUUCUCAGUCGCCACUACCUAUGACAUAGCUUGACAUUCCGUGUCACCAUGGGCUCCUGGCACCUAUAUUAAUCCCUCUAAACUGUCAAAUGGAUGUCUGAUAUUCUUCGUGUCUGGCUAAUCUAAACCCACUUUGCUGUGUCUCUGGAACUCCAUCAUUAUCAUACUCAAUUGACAAAGGCAGAAGAAGCCCCGCAUCAGUAGUAUAGAUCAGUUCUAUCUACAGCAUCGCCCACCAACAGAACCAUGUCGUCCACAGGCCAUCAAGGACCAUUCGCUGAACCCAGCUCUGAAUCUCAGACUGUCCUGCUACCUGCAAACCCGUCCGUGAGCCGAAGCAGUGAGCCCCUCCCCGAUCCACCAAGUGGCAGUUCUCAAGGCCGCUCCUCGGAGAAGCCGUGGAAGCCGAGUAUCAAUCGUCAACAAAGUUGGAGUGAGCAGGAUCAGAAACAUGAGCUUCAGUCUAGGCUGCUAGCAACGGAGAGGGGGAAGGAGACGGGGUUCACGGAGACGUUGCAGGAUAUGUAAUAUGCAGCUGUCUUUUUGAAUCUAUCUUUGAGCCUUGUUCUUGUGGUUGAUGCUGGAUAGCAUAGGGUAAGACGAAGCUCAGUAGGCAUCUGCUAAAGACUUGAUUUCUAUGAACGGGAAAGCUUGUGUUCGUUGAUCACAAGAGACAGUAAAGGCGAUGUUCAUAUCGUUGUCCCUCGUCAAGCAACAGCAUGACCCCAAAAAAGUACAGCACCUUCGCUAUGCUGAAAUUAUAAUUCUAAUACGGCUCA